UAGAGGCAGCCGAGAUAGAGAGUGCCAAAGAAGAGGGUCCAUCCGCAGGCUUCGAAGCACCAGGUCAGUCAGUUCAGUGCAUACCGUGAGCGAAGCGAGUUUAUUUUCGGGAAUCCCCAAUCUUUUUGUCAAAAUUAAUGUUUUGUUUAUUUCAAUUAAAAAUUGACAAAUAGUACUAUCCAAGUAGAUUCAAAAUUGAGCCGCGCGGACAGUGAACAUGUAGAGCGCGCGAGUGUUCAGUGCUGUCUCCAGUGCCCUCCACUGAGAAGGGUUGAAUAGAACAAAUUUCAGUGCUAGAAUUUUGAGGAUUUGUUUUUUUCGUGGCCAGUGUUCCGUUUUUGUAACCGUUUUGUUCUACAUACAAUAGAGUUAGAAAUUGCAACGGAUCUAGGCAAGACUUUCGAUAGUGACUAGCAUAGUGCGACUGUACAUUGCAACUGUGAAUUAUGGCUUAAGAGGGUGUUCAGUGUUGCGGGUGCAAUUCGCGCGCGAAUUUUAGAUUUCUUUAUAUUUCGGACAUUACUGAUUUACGUUGUUUCAUUUGAGGAUAUUUUCAUUGAGUUUGUAACAGUUCGUUUCCCGCUCUCAAACUAUACAGAGAAGUCCACGCGUGGUGUUGUCCGGUCCGAGUUAUGGAAUAUGAAAAAGUGACAUGAGGAUAUGAAUCGUUGGGGUAUGCCUGGAUCAGGGCAGUCGCUAGCUGCAUCUUCGACUUCGCCGUCGUUGUCCUUAUCCUCAACAACGACCACAUCAGCUUCCGGGUCGACACCGAGAUUGGUGAAUAAUAGUGAUACGAAUAGUUCCACGGGAGAUUUACCGUCGAAUUCGCCAACCGACUCUGAUAAUAAUAAUCAACCGCUUUCCGGGAAAUUGAACGAUCCGCCGCAAUUUUUGCAACCAUCUCCGAACGAAAAGUCCUUGACGAAUUUAUCUAAUUCCACAGUGUCCGCGGCGGCGGAUUCUAGUGAUAAUCAGCCACCGACGCCUCAGCCGACGGACGCACCAAGCGCCCUCGGCAAUACAGGAGGUGCGGUGGAAGCAGUUUACAGCAACAACCCAAUCCCGUAUCAGCCACCUCCGACUCAGCCGAUUCUAGGACAGGACAUGCAUCAUUAUCCUACUUACAUGCACGGCUAUGAUCAGUACUAUCAUCCGCCACCAUCGAAUAUGGAUUAUGCAACUCAAAGCGCGAUCUAUGCCGGCCAACAACAAUUACCUCCCGGAAAUCAAGAGUACAAAAUAGUGCCUUCCCCACGGUAUCAUCCUUACAUGAACAAUAGUGGCAGCUUGCAUCCGCAACACAAUACGAAUGGUGCAGCUUCUAAUAACGCCAGUAGUAGCGCUUCGAACAGCUCACUCAGUCCUAGGGUGGUAAGUUCUUCAAGUCCAACUCAAAAUGCUAUUAUGAGCCAAACCGGCCAGGAUUCAAUGCCCACCAUGCAACAGGAGCAAGGAGGAGGCGGUGGAAUGCCAAAAGUUUGUGAUAAGUGUGGAGCAGUUUUCCCAUCGCAUGCUCAACUAAAUGAACAUUACAAUGCCGCACAUGGAACUCAACCGCCAAACGAUCGCCCUGCUGAAGAUCAGCAGACACUGCAAUCACAGUAUCCAUACCAGCCAUACAUUAAAGAGGAGCCUCCAUCAGAUAUCCUUGAUUUAGAUUCACAAAAAAUGGUAUACCCGCCGCAACAUGAUCCUUCGGCGAUUGUGAAUCAGGACCCUCUGCCUCCAAUGCACUCAAUGCAUCCAAUGCAUCGUUCUUUAAUGUGGGGUACUGCUCCUGACAUCCACUCCGGCUACAUGCCACAUGGUCAACCGCCUGAUAUGAAACCGUACUACUCACCUCUUAAGCAGAAUUACGCUGCAAUAAAGUCGGAAUAUCCGGGAACGGUUGUACCAGGAUUCAAUGCCGGACCCGUAAUCAAAUCAGAAUUCAAUAGUCACCCUCACCAAACGGCCGCACCACAAUCCAGGGAAAUAAAACCUUUUAAUGCUGAGAUAAAUUCGGGUGGUGGAAACCCGGUAACAUCAAGUCCGUCAGAAUUCCCGUCGACAACCACGCCGCAGGAAAACGGUGCUCAAUAUCGGGGAUUUGAACCUCCUACCUCUUCUUUGCCGAGCAAUACUACUGGAACGAAAAGUUCUACAUGGAAAUCGAAUGAAGCAAGACGACCAAAAACAUAUAAUUGCACUGCUUGUAAUAAGUGGUUCACUAGUUCGGGACAUCUAAAGCGACAUUACAAUACCACGUUGCAUAAGAAUGCUGUAAAAUCGAGUGGCCAGCCGGAUCCUGCAACUCUGCCAAUUAGCGCUCACCAUCACCCCAGUCGAGAUCCAAACUCGAAACAUCACCAUCGAAAUAGUCAAGGAAAUCAGCCGCCUCCCGCGCCUCCGGAACCGCCUAGGAGUCCUGAUUACGCGUCUCAAUACACACCUCCCCCGAAUAGUUAUAGUCAACAACAGGGCUUCCAACAAUAUACAAACGUUCAACAAUCCGCACCAACUAACGGUCACCCAAACGGGCAAGCAGGUCCCUCCGACCAUGCCUCCCUCCAACAGAGGGGCCUGCUGAUAAUUUCGAGCACACCAGUCACAUCCAAUCUGGAGGCACAACAAGAUCAGGAGCAGAUGCAUCAUCUGCUUCAUCAACAACAGCAGCAGGUGGAGGUUCAGGAUCCUUACACCAGCCUACAACAGGUUCAGCAACAGCAGGAAGUAUUACAGGCGGAGGAAGCGGAUCCGGAGGGGCUUCAUCAGCAAGUCAUCAACACCAACACUCUGGAUCCUCUCCAGCCGCAGCAGCAAUCACAGGAGGUUCAUAUUAUCUCAAUGUCCCCCCAAAUCCAGCAGCACAUGUUGCCGCAGCAACUGCAGGAGGAGCCCAUCAUCUCCACCAUGGGCACCACCCCUACCACCACCACCAUCAUCAAUACAAUGGAUCAACAAUUCAUCAUCACCAGCCCUUUGGCUAUCAACACCAACAUCACCCCAUCAUUCCAACCCCUGCAACACCAGGAGGAGCCCCAGCUGAACUAUCACACUAUUACUGGUAAUGAAGUUACAGAAGGACAACUCAUGAAUGCCAACGAUAUGCCCGAGCAGCUUUACGAGUUGGCCAACUAUGGAAUAGAUGAUGAGCAGCAACAACAUGAGAUCGUGGCCGUUCAACGGUUGCCAAGCGGUAUGGUCAAUUAUCAAGAUAACAUGCCCUUGCCAUACACACCCAUAGUACCUGAUUCCUGUUUCUACUCAUCAAACAUAAAAUGCGAACGAUCGCCAGAAGUGGGCGACGUAGCACCAGAGAUCUCACCAUACUCGCCGACGAUUACCUCAACCAAGGCCACUCUCCCCAGUCCGCCUGCCAUGGAAUGCAGAGAAAUUAAACGAAGCUCUCCGUCUGCUCUGAGGCGCCGAAAACAGGACAAAGCUAUGCAGGAUCCUUCAACUCCACUCGGAUUCACAUCGGUCACUGGCAACAACCUCAUCACCCUCUCGAUCGAUAUUCCAGCAACACAAACCCCAAACAGCUCACUAGGAACACCGACCGGCGAAAUUCGUUGCGACGAAUGUAACAAGGUAUUUACCAAAAUUUGUUAUCUUACGCAACACAAUAAAACAUUCCACAACGGCGAACAACCCUUUCGCUGCAACCGAUGCGGCAAACGCUUCUCUAACGAAGUAGUUUUUGAAACACAUUACGCCAAACAUAGUGCCGCCCAGAAACCCCACCAAUGCCAAUUCUGCCCUAAACAAUUUCACCACAAAACUGAUUUGAGACGACACAUAGAUUCCCAUACGGGGCGGAAAGCUUAUGUUUGUGAGACUUGCUCCAAGGGUUUCACAAGGAGAGAUCAUUUGCGGAAGCAUGGGGACACGCAUAAGCCCAAACCUCCGAAACCGCUCAAGAUUCGGACGAAGCUCAAGGCUGAAUGAUGAUAUUAAGUAAUUUGUAAGUUAUCCUUUUUGAAAUUGUUGUAGGACUUUGGGGGCAUAUUAGAAGGGUUGGGCUUCUGAGGUUUAGGCAGGUCUUGCGAUCAGAUUUGGAGAGUUUUGUUUCAAAAACAGUCCCCUGUGAGCAGCCCCGUGUCAGCUCAGGUAGCUUCUCAACGAUUCCAAGGAUGUUAUUUAUGCUUAAGUUCUUUGGUUUAAUUUCUUGUAAAGUAAAUUAAUUGUAUGAUAGUUGUAAUGAGAUAUAUCGAAGGACCGUCAGAGAGUUGAUGAAGUCAUAGGUAAAUGCUGUAAGUUUCAGAAAAUUCCGGGAUUUUCCCUGCAUUCCUUGAACAUUUCUUAGUUACCAGCCUCAGGUUUAUACAUAAGCGAAGACAUGAAAUACCAUUAACGUAUGAAUAGCCAUAUUACGUUUUUAUUAUUUUGGUUUAAUCAAAUACGAAGAACGGAACAAAGAGAAUAAAUAUAUUUUUUGCUAUUUUCUAAUGUUUAGUUUUUACAUAGAAAGUACAUGGAAUAGUUGAUGAAGAAAAGAAUGAUAGAUUUUAUUUUUAUAUUUGCAUUGUAUACCUACGAAUGAUAGACUAUCCACGCCAUUUUUGUACAAGGUAUAAUUUAUUUUCGAUUUUUUUUUAUAAUAUUCUGCAGAAUAUU